AUGGCUCCCACCCGUAACCUCAGCGCGACGGCCGCGAAGAAGUCCGACAAGCCGCUUUACGCGUCCCAGGACUCGAUUCCCCACCUCCCCGUCCCCCGCCUCGCCUCCACGCUCGCCAAGUACUCCGAGUCCAUCCUCCCCUACCAGGACCGCGAGCAGUUCGCCGAGUCGUCCAAGAAGAUCCGCGAGUUUGCCGAGUCCGACUUUGGCCAUGAGCUCCAGAAGCGUCUCCAGGACCGCGCCGCCGAGAAGCCGUCGUGGAUCUCUGAGUGGUGGAACCACGACGCCUACAUGGGCUACCGCGGCCGCAUCGUCCCCGAGGUCAACUACUUCUAUAUCCACAAGAAGGGCUCCAACAAGGGCGCCUCCCAGACCGAGUGGGCGUCCCAGCUCGUCCGCGCCGUCGUCGAGUUCAAGGGUCUUGUUGACUCUGAGAAGCUCGAGCCCGAGAAGGGCAAGGCCGGCCCCCUCUGCAUGGCCUCGUACAAGUACCUCUUCAACGCUACUCGUAUCCCUACCCCUGGUGCCGAUGUCCCCAAGGCCUUCGACAAGAACCUGAACCACAUCGUCGUCCUCCGCAACAGCCGCUACUUCAAGAUUGACGUUGCCGGCCGCUCGGCUUCCGAGAUCGCCAAGGCUAUGGAGGAGGUCAAGCAGAUCGCUGACAAGUCUGCCGGCCUCCCCAUUGGUGCCCUCUGUGCCGACAACCGUGACGUCUGGCAGCAGGCCCGCGACCACAUCCUCUCGAUCUCGGACAAGAACAAGAAGGCCAUCGAGACUAUUGACUCAUCCAUCCUCCUCGUCUGUCUCGACAACGUCAAGGCUACCAACGACACUGAGCGCGCCUGGGAGUACUGGGCUGGUGGCCUCACCCAGUCCCCUGAGGGCAAGGGCCAGAACCGCUGGUUCGACAAGCACGAGAUCAUCGUCGACUCCGAGGCCAACUCUGGCUUCAACGGCGAGCACUCCAUGCUCGACGGUACCCCCACCCUCCGUCUCAACGAGUUCAUCCUCGCUUCGCUCGACAAGGGUGUUAUUCCUCUCGAGCUCCCCGAGAACGAGCGCGCCAAGGGCGAGCUCAAGCCUGAGGAGAUCACCUUCGACCUUGACCAGAAGGCCAAGGACGACAUCACUAAGUCGCAGAAGGGCUUCGGCGAGGAGAUGGCCAAGCAGGACCUGACCAUGGUUACCUUCACGGGCUACGGCAAGAGCCUCAUCAAGCAGUUCAAGGUCUCGCCCGACGCCUGGGCCCAGAUCGUCAAGCAGCUCGCUUUCUACCGCCUCAAGGGCCGACCCGGCACCUGCUACGAGUCUUGCCAGACCCGCAAGUUCCUCCUCGGCCGUACCGAGGUCAUUCGCACUGUGUCUAACGAGCUCCGUGCCUUCCUCGAGGCCAUGACCGACCCCAAGUGCUCCGACGAGAAGCGCGCCAAGCUCUUCCGCGCCGCCUGCGCCCGUCACUCGCAGUACUCUGCCUGGGCCGCCAACGCCCAGGGUGUCGACCGCCACCUCUACGGCCUGAAGAAGCUCAUCAAGGAGGGUGAGGAGGUUCCCGCCAUGUUCCAGGACCCCAUCUUCGCCAAGUCGUCGCACUGGGAGCUCUCCACCUCCCAGCUUACGUCGAAGUACCUCGAUGGCUGGGGAUACGGCGAGGUCGUCGCCGACGGCUACGGCAUGUCGUACGCCAUCCACGACGGCAAGCUCUGCUGGGGUAUCACCACCCUCAACGGUGACGCCAAGGAGAUGGCUCAGGCCCUCCAGGACGCCGCCGAGGAGCUUAAGAACGUCAUGACCCGUGCCGCCGAGCAGGAGAAGAGCAAGCUCUAA